UGGGGACCAAGAAGACUCUCAGACUCAAGAAACUCACUUUCCUGGAAACUCACCCAGAACUUCCACCCUCUAACACCAUGGUCAGCUCCUGUUGUGGCUCCGUCUGCUCUGACCAGAGCUGUGGUCGAAGUCUCUGCCUGGAGACCUGCUGCCGGCCCAGCUGCUGCCAGACCACCUGCUGCAGGACCACCUGCUGCCGCCCCAGCUGUGGUGUGUCCAGCUGCUGCCGCCCAGUCUGCUGCCAGCCCACCUGCCGUCGCCCCACCUGCUGCAUCUCUAGCUGCUACCGCCCCUCCUGCUGUGGGUCCAGCUGUGGGUCCAGCUGCUGCAGGCCUACCUGCUGCAUCUCCAGCUGCUACCGCCCCUCCUGCUGUGCGUCCAGCUGUGGGUCCAGCUGCUGCAGGCCUACCUGCUGCAUCUCCAGCUGCUGCAGGCCCCGGUGCUGCCAGCCUGUGUGCUGCCAGCCCACCUGCUCCCGCAUCUCCAGCUGCUGCCGCCCCUCUUGCUGUGGCUCCGCCUGCUGCCUGCGCCCAGUGUGUGGCCGGGUCUCCUGCCACACCACUUGCUAUCGCCCCACCUGUGUCAUCUCCACCUGCCCCCGCCCAGUGUGCUGUCCCUCCUCUUGCUGCUGAAUCUCUGCUUUGAACAUACUGCUACCUCAUUUCCUCCCUCCCCACAGCUGCAGAGCUUCUUUUUAAAAUGUGGAGGGUUCAAGAGAACUGGUCCCUUGAAUUGAUAAGCAAACACCAGACAUAACGAGCCCACGUUCUAUCUUCUCUCCACAGUCCCUCCCAUACAAAUGAGAUCACUCAGAAUCUCCCAGGAAAUUACAAUUUCUAAACACUCCUCCCUUUUUCUUCAGGAUAUCUCUUAAUCAUGCUUAAGGAAUUUGUCUCCAUCACUUUUGGGUCCACUGAUUUUUACCCCUGAUAUGGAAAUCCAAUGAAGAUUUUUUGGUGUACUCUUUGGUAAAGAUUUUCUUAUGUCUUGUUAUUUCUAUGAACCUAAAUAAAUGUCCCCCUAUUGGCACUGAAAUUUGAA